AUGUCGAGCAGGGUCUUGCUACAAGUGUGGCAAGGAGGGGCAUAUGGCGAAGGACUGCCCCAAAGGAUUUGUAGUUUGCUUUCACUGCAACCAGACUGGCCAUCGGAAGGCCGAGUGCCCGCAACUGCUUCAGGGAUCAGCGUAGGGAGCUGUACUUUUCUGGUGAGUUCUGUACCUGCCUUAGUGUUAUUUGACUCGGGUACGGGCCGAUCGUUCGUAUCAUUAGCAUUUAGUCACCACAUCAAUGUCGGACGUGAGUCGUUGAGUCGACCUCUGAGAGUUUCUAUAGCCGAUGAGCGUGCGGUGUUUUCCACUGAUGUGAUCCGAGGAUGUGUACUCGAGAUUUUUGGUGUUGAGUUUCCGAUAGACCUGGUGCCGAUCGCGAUGGGUGACGUCUGUGUCAUUGUGGGCAUGGACUGGUUGAGCCGGUACGAAGCAGUAAUCGACUGCGAGCGUUAG